UCUACAACCUGGCAAGGCAGCAUCGUCUUCCUUGUACAGCACAUCCAUUACUGUAAAAUUCAACCAAAUUCCACGAGGGUUAUAAUCCACCCAAAGUCAAGUCUACCAAGCAAUUUACAUUUAUUUCAAACGAAAACGCUUUAUCCAGGAUCCUUCCUUUGUCUCUCAAACAAGAUUGGAUCAGUUCUUUUCCAGGAAAGCAGAUCAAAGGAUUGAUUCCUCCCAAUUGUAACUCGGUUUUCAUCCAGAAAAAGCAAAGGCAAAUAAAUCCCACCAACAAUUCCCAGAUAUUAAUAUCAUUUCCCUCGUAUUUCUGUACUCUCUCUCUCUGGAUUAUUCCCAUCUAAAACCACUAUAUGAGAUCACGUGUACGUAUUAUUGUGAUACUUUGACCCGCCAGUCUUAUUAAUUGUUAUAGGGAAGAGUCAGCCGAAGUAAUAAUUUGAGGGAUUGGUCAACGAAGAUUUACUUUCUGUUUCCAGCAACUGCCGCAUGGCGAUGGCGACUCAUGUGGCAUAAAUGGAAGAAGUUCAUGAACAAAUCUUCCAAAUUUAUCAUAUCUUUGCUGGGGAUUAAAAGCAAAACCAUAAAUGGUAAACCCUAAAAGCUCUCACCGCCCAACUAUAUGCUACAGGCCUAUCCGUCCCUCUGAUUUGGAGAUUUUAGAGCGACUACAUGCCAAUGUAUUUCCUAUCAGGUAUGAGUCGGAGUUUUUCCAAAAUGUCGUCAAUGCACGGGACAUUGUGUCUUGGGCAGCCGUUGAUCGUAGUCGGCCUAAUGAUCAGAGUGAUGAGCUUAUUGGAUUUGUUACUGCAAGAAUUGUACCGGCAAAAGAAAGUGAGAUAGGGGAUUUACUCAGAUAUGACCACUCAAAACCAGAUCAAACUCUGGUCUACAUUCUGACACUUGGAGUGGUAGAACAUUACAGAAAUCUUGGUAUAGCAACUGCUCUUAUACGUGAGGUUAUCAAAUAUUCUUCAAGUAUUCCAACAUGCCGUGCUGUUUACUUGCAUGUGAUUUCUUAUAACAAUCCUGCUAUUCAUUUAUACAAGAAAAUGGCAUUCAAGUGUGUACGAAGGUUGCAAGGUUUUUAUCUAAUCAAUGGCCAGCAUUAUGACUCAUACUUGUUUGUUUACUACGUAAAUGGCGGUUGUUCUCCGUGCUCUCCAUUGGAGCUUGUCACAGCUGUGGUGAGUUAUAUGAGGAGUGGUCUUAAGACAGUAGCUGCGAGGCUACGUAAGAAUGAGGAGAAGCCGAAGUGGCCCAAAUGUAAAGAAACUCAUUCUCUUAUAUCAAUUCAGAACAAGAGAAACCUCACCGCGGAGUGUACCAGUUAUGAAUGUGUGUAAUAUGCUUAUCUUAUAUCAUUGCCUGACAUAUUAUGCGAUUUGGAAGAAUGUGUUACAAACUUGUGUCCUUCUGUAAUUACUUGCGCUGAUAUUUGGUAGUCCUAACCUUUUGCUUAGUUAUGGAUUUCAUCUUAAAGUUGGGUGGGAUAUUUUUUCAAGUUGUCUUCUGUGUUGUAGGAUCCUCUUUAUAAGUAAAAAUGCUAUUUAUACGGUACAGAUUCUUUCAA